CUUACUAUCUUUUUUUUAUUUGACUCCGAUUUAGUCAAUAGCUGAGUCCAUGGAAGACGACGUAUACGGCGUCGUUCCGUGCUCUUCACUCGCCGUUGAGUCCAUCCUUCGCGUUGGGACGGCAGGUGCAAUCUGGGGAAUGUGUAUUGGUCCCUACGAUGCUAAUCAGCAAAGUCUUAGGGGCAUUGACAAAGCUUCUUAUGUGAUAAAAUCAGUUGGCAAGUAUGGGUUUCGAUGUGGAGUUAUAGCUGGAGUAUUCAGCAUCACUAGGUGUGGAGUUCAGAGGUACAGGAAGAAGAAUGAUUGGGUAAAUGGCUUGAUUGCUGGUGCUGUGGCUGGUGCAGCCGUUUCUGUCGGGACACGAAGCUAUACACAGGCUAUUGGUAUGGCGAGUUUAGUCUCAGCUAUCUGUGCUGCAGCUGACCAUGCUAGAUCAUCUUAGGAUACAAUUGUUAGAUGUGGUGACAGAAAAUUAGAUGCAGUAAACCUUCAUUUCUAAGGUAAUGCAGAGAGUCUACCAAAGCAUGAAAGGGUCUCAAAUGGAUGAAUGGAUCUCUUCUUACGACUAUUCUGCAAGAUAUUUUCUUGUAUGUUUCUUGGUUUGAUUAGUUUUAUUGGGGAUUGGUACAAAACCCUUCUUCCGGGAGUGAACGUUUAUAUUUGGAGUACAUUUUCCCUUUGGAUUGUGACAGGGAAAUAUGUACUUAUUCUUGAGAGAUUUUCAUAGUUGUAUUACUGUUUACUUAGUUGUUUGUGUUGAGGGAAAAAGAAAGUUAUCAGUUUUUUGUUUA